UCCAUGGCCACAAUAAUUCCACCAACUCGAGGGCUGGGAGGGGUAAAACAGGCGACCACCCACGUAUUUCAGCCAAAAACAAUCAACCGCUGCUGCUCACCCAAAUCCUUGUAAAUGCAGACAACCUUCACAUCUAAACCUCAUGAAGAAAAAUCUUCCAAGGCCUCUUCCACUCACAGUCUCCUCUGUUCUCCAAAUCCCUUCAGCUCCUCUCGGUUACAGUCAUGAAGAUGGGUCCUGUCACACUCUCCUCCUUGGAUCAAAAGCUUGCAAUGGCAAAGAGAUGCUCCCAUGAGGGAGUCGUUGCAGGAGCGAAGGCAGCCAUUGUUGCAAGCGCUGCAGCUGCCAUCCCCACUUUGGCCAGCGUCAGAAUGCUGCCGUGGGCAAGAUCCAACCUGAACCACACAGCUCAAGCUCUCAUAAUCUCAACAGUUGCUGGUGCUGCCUACUUCAUAGUUGCAGACAAGACGGUGUUGGCAUCGGCCAGGAAGAACUCCUUCAAGGAUGCUCAUCACCAAUCCGGCAAAAAGCUUGGUUCCUGAUCAAAAAUGUAACUUGCUCUGAUAAUCUUGUUCUAAAAGAGCAAAGAUGUAUUGCACGUCUAAUAACGGCUAAUAAGGACGAGAUAAUGGUUUGGCGAGAUCGCUCCAA